UGACUGUCUGCGCCGUAUUAUCCUUUUUCCUUCCUUUCCAAAACACAGACGAAGAUGGCGGAAGAGCGACAGAACCUUUUGGACGAUGAAGGGGAUAUCGCGUCUUCAGGUCCCAGAAAUGAAAGCGGACCGGUUAAACCGAUGUCCGCGCUCUGUGACCCGAGACGGCUGCCUCACCGCAUUUUCGUCCUGCUUUUUAUGUGCUUUCUGGGAUUCGGAAGUUACUUCUGUUAUGAUAACCCCGCUGCUUUGCAGACUCAAGUCAUACAGGACAUGAAGCUCAACACGUCCAUGUUCAUGCAGCUCUAUGCCUGGUACUCCUGGCCCAACGUGGUGCUCUGUUUCCUGGGGGGCUUCCUGCUCGACAGGGUCUUUGGCAUCAGGCUAGGAACAAUAAUCUUCGCCCUGUUUGUCUGCGUUGGGCAGGUUAUAGUUGCUGUUGGGGCACUUCUAGAUCUAUUCUGGUUAAUGGAGAUUGGACGCUUUGUGUUUGGGAUUGGAGGUGAGUCUCUGGCUGUGGCCCAGAACACCUAUGCAGUGAACUGGUUCAAAGGGAAGGAACUCAACUUGGUGUUUGGUCUUCAGCUCAGCAUGGCCAGGCUGGGUAGCACGGUCAACAUGAACAUCAUGGGCUGGGUGUACAACCGUGUCGCUGACCUGGUCGGCUCGACAGGACACACCACUCUGGGAGUCUCGCUCAUGAUCGCUGGGGCGACAUGUAUAUUCUCUCUGGUCUGUGCUCUGGUGUUGGGCUACCUGGACAAGAGGGCCGAGAGGAUCCUCAACAAGGAACAGGGAGCGACCGGGGAAGUGAUCAAGCUGACGGAUGUGAAGGACUUCCCCUUCCCACUGUGGCUCAUCUUCAUCAUCUGUGUGGGCUACUACGUGGCCAUCUUCCCCUUCAUUGGACUGGGACAGGUUUUCUUCAUUGAAAAGUUCAACUUCUCACCUCAAGAAGCAAGAGCAAUUAACAGUAUUGUGUACAUCAUCUCAGCCCCAGCCUCUCCUUUGUUGGGCUUCAUGGUGGACAGGACAGGGAAGAACGUGAUCUGGGUGCUGUGUGCCGUCGUCACGACACUCAUAGCCCACAUGAUGCUCGCCUUCACCUUCUGGAACCCCUGGAUCGCCAUGUCCCUGUUGGGUUUGUCCUACUCCCUGCUGGCCUGUGCCCUGUGGCCCAUGGUGGCCUUCGUGGUGCCAGAGCAUCAGCUGGGGACCGCCUAUGGCUUCAUGCAGUCCAUCCAGAACCUGGGCCUGGCUCUGAUCUCCAUGGCAGCAGGAUCUAUUCUGGACAACAAGGGAUACCUCUUCCUGGAGGUCUUCUUCACCGCCUGUGUCUGCUUGGCGCUGAUCGCGGUAGUGAUGCUGUACUUUGUUGAUUAUCUACGAGGAGGAGAUCUGAACCUCUCAGCCUCUGCCAGGGCCAAACUCCUGAAGGACUCCAAUUCAGAGUGAGCGGUCACACAGUCCUGAGCCCUCUGUACCAGCUGGCUGCACGAACAUGACCACAGCUGUCAAUCACCUGCUAGGGGGCGUGUCUGCACUACUCACUUCUCCCACCUGCACACUGACCCAGCCUUGCAUUGUCACUGACCCCUCCCAGCAACAUACUGACCCAUCGCAGCUCAGAUGCUGACCCCUCUGCUCUGACAUCACAUACCAACGCCGUCGUCUCUCUGACUGCUCCCUCCAGUGGCUGUGUCAAGGGCUGGCUAAUGACUGAUUGGUGUUGUGUGCAUGCUUUGGAACCUCAAACCUCAGCACCAAUCAUACUUUAAUGUCAGUAGAGUGGGGCACCAGAAAGCACUUUAAACAGACUUGUGUUUUUAAAAGGUUUAUAAAUGUCUAGAACAAGACGCCAGGCUGAGUGACUUUUACUUCAGACAUGUAAAGUUAGAAUCGGCAUUGGGUUUAAUUCUUUAUAGCGCUGUUCCUUCAUUCAUUCCUUUCUUUGCUCUUGGCUGGUCAUAGAGGCUCGUAAAACGUUACACUGUCACACCAUCAAGCCUUUAUCACUUGUCAAAGUGAUACAGGAAUUUUAAAGGGAAACAUUUUAUAUUUCAAUUCACCCAAUGUACAAAAAUAACACCAAAUUUUGAAAGCAGCAGUUUUACAUUGUCCUUUGAGAAAAUGACCUGGCUUAUGUGUAUGAAGGAGGACUUUUAACAAUACUAUAACAUUGGCAAUUGGGUGGAAACCCUCUGCUGUACAACUGAAUGAAAGGAUACAUACUUUGUUUUGUUGAUGUUUAUUGAUCAAUCUCAGGAAAUUGCCAAGAGAUACUUUCAUAUGUUGAAAACCACUAAAUCAAAUGAUCAUUCUAAUGACAAAAUCACUUUUGAUAGUUUUUCUAUUGUAAUGAAGGAUCGCUUCAGUCUUUAAUCCUGAGUCAGUUUUCUGCAGGACAACCUGAGCUUGAACCAAGUGGCCUGUCGUAGCAUUGUAUUAGGUCAAAUUAUUGUGGUAGAGGAAGCCUAUCCAUAUACCAUUUGAAGGUGUGAAGGCUGUUUGUUUGUCUUAGCUGCAGAAUAGUCUCUGUGUAAAUUUCACUAAGAGUGCUGUCUGUUUUGAGUUGAACUAACAAAUGUCUAACAACUCUAAAUAACAUGUUCUAUUGCCUAGAACUGCCUAGAGCACGGGGCUCCAACCCUGUUCCUGGAGAACAACCCUCCUGUAGGUUUUCACUCCAACCCCAGUUGUAACUAACCUGGUUCAGCUUAUCAACCAGCUAAUCGUUAGAAUCGGCUGUGCUGUAUUAGGGUUGGAGUGAACCUACAGGACGGUAGUGCUUCAGGAACAGGGUUAGAGCCCCUUGGCCUCGAGGUACCAUGUGUAGUCAUACAUUUAAUAAUAUACUUGUCGUAAUUUUAAAUCGCCACAGAAUAUUACACAUUUAAUGACAAUUUGGUUAAAAAAAUAACUAAAACAAGCGGAUGUUCUUGUUACAUAGCUGAUGUUCACUGUGGUUGUUAAAUAACAUCAGGCCAUUGUGUCCUUGCCAGAUCUGAUUGUCAUUCUGUCUGAUCAAAUUGACUUUUAUAUACAACAGUAUUGUCUCAGGACGGCAAAUAAAAGUUUGUAAAAACAGA